CCGGCGACAUUAGCUAGCGCUCGCUCUACUCUCUGUAACGGGGAAGCAGCGGACUACAAGAGACUGAACUGUAUCUGCCUCUUAUUUCCAACAGACUCACGUUCAACUUUCGUUCACAAAAAAAGCCGGGAAAAUUUUAUUAAUCCUUUUUUUAAAAAAAGUUAAUAUAAAAUUAUAGCAAAAAAAAAAGGAACCUGAACUUUAGUAACACAGCUGGAACAAUCCGCAGCGGCGGGAGAAAAGAUUUAAUUUAGUUGAUUUUCUGUGGUUGUUGGUUGUUCGCUAGUCUCACGGUGAUGGAAGCUGCACAUUUUUUCGAAGGGACGGAGAAGCUGCUGGAGGUUUGGUUCUCCCGGCAGCAGCCCGACGCAAACCAAGGAUCUGGGGAUCUUCUCACCAUUCCAAGAUCUGAGUGGGACAUACUUUUGAAGGAUGUGCAAUGUUCAAUCAUAAGUGUGACAAAAACUGACAAGCAGGAAGCUUAUGUACUCAGUGAGAGUAGCAUGUUUGUCUCCAAGAGACGUUUCAUUUUGAAGACAUGUGGUACCACCCUCUUACUGAAAGCACUGGUUCCCCUGUUGAAGCUUGCUAGGGAUUACAGUGGGUUUGACUCAAUUCAAAGCUUCUUUUAUUCUCGUAAGAAUUUCAUGAAGCCUUCUCACCAAGGGUACCCACACCGGAAUUUCCAGGAAGAAAUAGAGUUUCUUAACGCAAUUUUCCCAAAUGGAGCAGCAUAUUGUAUGGGACGGAUGAAUUCCGACUGUUGGUACUUAUAUACUCUGGAUUUCCCAGAGAGUCGUGUAAUCAGUCAGCCAGAUCAAACCCUGGAAAUUCUGAUGAGUGAGCUUGACCCAGCAGUUAUGGACCAGUUCUACAUGAAAGAUGGUGUUACUGCAAAGGAUGUCACUCGUGAGAGUGGAAUUCGUGACCUGAUACCAGGUUCUGUCAUUGAUGCCACACUGUUCAAUCCUUGUGGGUAUUCGAUGAAUGGAAUGAAAUCGGACGGAACUUAUUGGACUAUUCACAUCACUCCAGAACCAGAAUUUUCUUAUGUUAGCUUUGAAACAAACAUAAGUCAGACCUCCUAUGAUGACCUGAUCAGGAAAGUUGUGGAAGUCUUCAAGCCAGGAAAAUUUGUGACCACCUUGUUUGUAAAUCAGAGUUCUAAAUGUCGCACAGUGCUUUCUUCGCCCCAGAAGAUUGAAGGUUUUAAACGUCUUGAUUGUCAGAGUGCUAUGUUCAAUGAUUACAACUUUGUUUUUACCAGCUUUGCUAAGAAUCAGCAACAACAGCAGAGUUGAUUAAGAAAAAUGAAGAAAAAACGGAAAAAGAGAACACACAUAGAAGGUGGUGGCUGCUUUCUAGAUAUUGAUACCGGGGGCCAUGCUUUCCAUAACCACCACCUUGUAGCUGCAGGAAGCCCUAGUUGUAAUCAUAGUGUAAUCACUUUGAAUUGUUGUAUGCAUUAUUAUAUCAAGGAAUUAGAUAUCUUGCAUGAAUGCUCUCUUCUGUGUUUAGGUAUUCUAUGCCACUCUUGCUGUGAAAUUGAAGUGCAUGUAGAAAAACCCUUUUACUGUAUGAAACUUUACAAAACUUGUGAAAACAAUUCAAUUUGGUUUAUGCAUAGUACAAUAUUUCUCCAGGUAUCAUCCAAAAUUCCCCACAGACAAGGCUUUCGUCCUCAUUAGGUAUUAGCCUCAGCCUAACCAUCUGGGACUGUUCUAUUAAAUUGCUGCCUGAAUUUUACAUCCAGUUACCUCGUUUCUAGAACGUAUUCUCUACUAAUGUUAUUGAAACCACUUUCUACUACAUACGGAUAUUUUUUGCAACAGCAAUUAAAGUUUUUCUUCCACGAG